AUGACUUGGACUUCUAUCAUGGACCAUCUUCCCGCCGAUAUUCAACAGACCAUAGCUUCUCCCACGGCCGACUCCUUCCUCCCUGUCGUCGGGCGGAUAUUGAUCUUGAGGGCGGCGAUGCUGCCUCACUCCCAGCAGCACCACCUGCCAGUGGCCGUGGAGGAGAUUGUGCUUGAUUGGCAGCCUAUAAUUUAG